AUGGAAAUUAUUAAACUUGGAGGUCAUUCAAGGAGACUGAGGGACCAAGCGGACCAGAACUUUUGGCCGAAUCCAAGUGAAAUUAAUAGUAAACGUGUGGCGGCGAUGAAAAGCUUUUAUGAAUGGCUAUCCGAAUGCAUAUACGAGCUGAGCAUUAAAUAUCAGAUUGUAGAACCUGCUGACGAAGGGAUCGAGACAUCUACGACCAAUACUGAUAAGGCUAAAAUUGAUGAGCCCACCCCGUUAAAAGUCUUGAUUAAUCGCAAUGAACCUAUUUUGUAA